AAGAAUGUUCUGGAUUCGAUUGAGAUUCAUCAUGCCGCUGCCGAUGCUUUUUCAUUUCGCCAACGAAACGAGAAACAAACCAAAUUUUAGGAUACAAUCACUUGCAAUUUUGUUCAGAUCAACCCACUGCUGCUGUAGUUGAAUGCGGCAUAAAGGAGCACCAAAAGCGGUUGCAUUGUUGGGCAAACUAGAUCCAUUUUCUUUCGACAACCCACACAAAUUCUAUCUAGUAGGAAGUAGAAGAGGCACAAAUAAUAAUGGCUCCUGCGAAUCUCCAGUCAUUUUACUCUACCUUUUCUGCGUCUAUUCGCAGUGUUGGGACUGCCGUGACUCUGGCUGCUGUGGGUGUUUAUUUGCACAGGAGAGAGUGUGUUUCCUCGGAGGGAAAAAGAACGUUGGCAAGGAUAUCCCAGCAAGUAACGUUUCCCCUUUUUCUGUUUACAAAGAUUUGCUAUUGCAAUCAAGAUUGGAGUUCAGAGCCGUGUCCCGAUGUUACCAAGAGCCUUAAGGAUGUCUGGAUCCUGCUAUUUUGGCCAGCAGUGGUUGUAAGCAUUGGGCUCCUUGUUGGAUAUGCCGCUGCAAUCGUAUCGGGGACUCCAAAGAGCCAGCGACGCAGUGUCUACGCAGCUUGUGGCUUUGGCAAUUCCACCGGUCUUCCAAUUACCCUUUUAACUGUUGUCCACGCCAAUUUUCCUGAAACGUCUGACCUAGGAAAAAUUGACCCAACUCUUUUCUUGUCUGUGUACCUAUUAUUGUACCCAGUACUGCAAUGGGGGGUGGGAGGUUGGCUUCUAGCGCCCGAAGAGGAAGCUCCAGAGAAAUCUGCACCGACUGAAACUCUGAUUCGAAGCACCCAGGCAGAGGAGGGAUUGACGCACGGUCAUCUAACACACACCAUCAACCGCAAUGUACUCAACAAUCGACAAAAAGAAACAUUCUACAUGCUCUCCAGGAAAGCCAUUGGGGAGACGGAUGCUAGUUUGUACAUUUCAGAUGCUGACUUGGUCCACCAUUUUGCUGGAAACGUGUCCUCAGAAUCUCUCAAUGGUCUCCUUCCCAAGGUGCACCAGAAUUGUGAUGAUGACGAUGAUUAUGGCCAAGCAGUGGAGUUUGAUGAAGGCGCGUAUCCAUCGACAACUCCACUCUCACCCAUCAUGGAUGAAACGGAAGUUUCCAUGCCUGACGGAGCUCCGCAUAUCCCAAUCCAACAGGAACCUAGUGAAACUACGGGGUUAUUGUCCAACGGGGAACAGCAUCCUUAUGAAACCGUCAUGCUGGCUAAUACUCCAGCUGAUCAUAUCAGAGAUUCUCAGAGAGUCAAAGCUCGUGAUUCUAUGAGAUCCAUUGCAACUGAAUAUGAAACAGAAACAUUUUGUGAGACUUGCAACAAAGUCUUGUCACGUUGUUUGCAGCCUCCUGUCGUGGGGGCUCUUGCUGGAAUUUUUGUUGCUGCAACGCCAUUACGUGGGGUUUUUGUGGAUUUGGUGGAUCGAUCAUCAAGCGCGCCAUUGGAGUGGUUCUUUGAUGGCCUCUACGCGGUUGGCCAAGCUGCUGUGCCAAUUAACAUGAUCAUCCUCGGCUGUAACUUGUCCGCCAGUUACAUGACUCAGAAAGCUUCAGACGGCAAGGGAGCUGAUUCCAAAAAGUCCAAUCUGUUGUCGCAAAAGGCCAUGAUCAGUAUUGUCAUUGGAAAGAUGCUGGUAAUGCCAAUCAUCGGAAUAUUGCUGGCUCUCUUCCUGGAGGCGUACGUCUUGGAUAUCCCCUCAGACAUUGAUGGUUCCUUCUACUUGGUACUGAUGAUAGUUUUCAUCACACCGACAGCAAACAACGUGAUGGUCAUGGUUGAGCUGUCUGGUAGCAACACCAAAGAAGGCAUUGCUCAGGUCAUUGCGUUGCAGUAUGCAUGUGCUCCUCUGAUGCUCAGUCUGACCAUGUCCUUGGUAGUCGGUAUUGCCAGUUCCUGGGAGUAAUUCAACGUCAACAAGCUGUGUUUUGUGACACGUAGGGUUAUACUGGUUAUACUGACGCGACACGAUUGCUUGAGACUCUCUCAAGACUGUCCGGUUGAGGCAUUACAAACCAAUCACAGAGAGUAAUCAUUUUGGGUACGUUGCCCUUAGAGUUCAACAGGUCAUGCCAUCUAGAAUUUCAAAAAUACAUAGUUAAAACAGUGUUUAGCAUAUGCUCAGUUGGAACUAUACAGAGUCGAGUCGGAAACCAGA